UUUUUUAAGGCUGAUUUUAAAUUGUUGGUGCAUUUUACAAUGACCCCAUUAUACAAUUGAAUAAUUAAAAAGGCAAUUAUGUGUUUCUAAGUUGGGCACCCAAAUUAGAUGUCCCCAAAAUCGGUAUACCAAUGUCCAAAUUAGCUUGGAUCAGCCCUUGACAAUUAAAAAAAGGCAGCAGUAAAUCACUCUCGCAAAAUUAUUUGCGUGUGCGUGGGCACAUACAAUUGUCUGCUAGAAGUUGGCAGAUAUCUAUGCACAGCAAUAUAUACAAUCUGUUGUGUAUUGGGAAUAAAGUUCCAGCUCGUUUUUCAAUACUAUUUGAGAAAAAGCAGAUGUUGUGACCUUGUACGCAAUCAUUUUGAAAACGAUCAACUGAACAAUGUGCUCCAAAAUUAGCAAAGUUACUGAUAGAAGUAUGAACGACCAACAACACAAGAUACAGAUGAGGCUUUGAUUGUAAUGUUUAUAAUAGAAUUGUAUCAUUAUUAAUUUCGUAAUCCCUUUUUCCAAAAUUUAAAGAAAGUUUAUAAUUUUAAAACAGAAAGCAUGCAUUAUGUCUUUAGAUGUUAUAUUUAUAGGAAGCGAUUCUCCACAAAAUGCUUUUGCUUCACAUAAUGCAUAACAAUCUUUUAACCGUUAAGGAAAGGCUAUAACUAUCUAGUUUAGGAUAAGUCAUUUAUAUAGAUAGCAAAACCAGCUGUUGAUUAUGAACAAAAAAGCUCUUUGUGUUAGAAGUGUGAUCUGUAAGAAAGCUACUGUAGUUUGUGGAAAGGAUGUAGGUUAGAUUUAGAAGAUCAUGCCCAGAAGCAGAUCUGGAUCCCGCAGUAGAAGUAGGAGUUCUUCUCCUAGGCGUAGGAAGCAAAAGGAACGUGAACGAGAUAAGGACAGACAUAAAAGACGUCACAGUCAUAGAAGUAAGUCACCAUCAUCAAGAAAGAAAUGGAGGUAUUCAAGAAGUCGUUCCAGAUCACCCAGUGUGGACAGGUUUGGAAGAUCUACAAAACGAAAAGAUAAGUAUGGUAAUGAUGAUGAAGAUACUAGGGCCGAACCCGGUGUAAAAACAGAAGAGAUGGAAAGACAAAGAAAGAUACGUGCCUCAGAGAUGCAAGCAAAGUUUAUUGAGGAAGAAACACAACGAAGAAUUGAAGAUGUUGUUAUGAAGCGUGUGGAAGAAGAACUUGCGAAAAGAAAGAUUGAUGUAGAUGAAGAAGUUAUGCGAAAAGUUGAGGAUGCUAAAAAGCAUGUUGAACACCAUCUUGAAGGAGAAUAUGAAAGAAGAACCAAAGAAAUUGCUGAGCAAUUCAAAGGGAAGGAGGAGCAACUGAAAGUUGAAAUUGAAAAACUAAAGAAGGAGGUGGAAGCAGCGUAUGAAAAAGUUCACGAAAUUGAGGGCAAACUGGCGGAGGAGCGAUUGAGCAUGCUUGAAAAACAACGCGAGUUAGAAGAGGAGAAGCGUCGACUUGAACACAAUUACAAGAAAACCGAGAAAAAAGCUCAGGAGAUGAUACUCAACAAAAAGAAUUCGAGACCGAGACUUUCUUUCGGUUUGAAACCUGUUACACCGAAAUAAAACGAACUCGCAACGAACCUCAGUCAGUCUUAAUGUGUAUGUUUUUAUCAGGUCAAAGAUUGUUUUGCCAAGCCUUGAGCCAGUAGUGACAGGGAGGCGUCUUUAGUACACAUGUUCGGCUUGGCAGUUUUAGGCCGUACGGUCUGGUGUCAUAAAAGAGAAAAAGGUACAUCUAACUGAGUUUGUGAUAUUCGUGGAUGAUUUAUUUUGUACAGGAAAAGUUUAUAGAUAACAUUGAAAGAGUUGAAGUUUUUUAUACGAAAGAGAAGCUGAUUUUAAUUUUAUUUUUUUCAAGUGGCAGUUUCUUUUUUUAACAUUAUCCAUAUUUUGCUAUUUAUGAAGAAUAAAGGAUAAAGAUGUUUUGA